UAUGGCCAGACACACCAAAAUGGAGGACAGAAACCACACAUUCUGAUCUUCCACUACUUUUCUCCCUGCUAAUUUUGCUUCUUAUGGAACCCAAACUUCAUAAUAACCCAAAGAUGUUAGAAAAAAAGUGGCUUUCUACUGCCUUGAAUGCCAGAAGCAUCGGAUUAGGCACUGAGACCAUAGUCCUUGCUCAUGGUUUUGGAACAGACCAGUCUGUCUGGGACAAGAUCACUCCCUUCCUUGUUGAACACUACAAGGUUGUGCUGUUUGAUUGGCCCUUUUCUGGAACUGUGGAUCCAACCCUCUAUGACCCUUUGAAGUAUUCCUCCAUGGAAGCUUUUGCUGAUGUGUUGGUCACUCUCAUGGAUCAGAUGGACCUCAAAGCUAUCACCUUUGUUGGUCAUUCCAUGUCUGGCAUGAUUGGCUGCAUAGCCUCCAUCGCCAGGCCUGACCUCUUCAAAAGGCUUAUUCUCCUUGGUGCUUCUCCCAGGUAUCUUAAUACUGAUGACUAUGAGGGUGGCUUUACUAGCUCAGAUGUUGAGCAGUUUUUGCAGAACAUGGAGUCCAACUAUGACAACUGGGUUAUUGCCUUCUCCUUACUGGCAGUGGACCCAAAUGAUGAGCCAUCUGUUAACAAAUUCAGAGAGUUCCUGGGAAGAAUGAGAGCUGAUGUGGCAGUAUCCUUAGCCAAGACUGUGUUCUACAGUGAUUACAGAGAUAUACUUGAGAAAAUUGAAACUCCAUGCACCAUCAUUCAGACCACUAGUGACAUUAUUGUUCCAUUCAAUGUAGCACUAUACAUGCAGAGAAAAAUUAAAGGAAAAGUUACAUUGGAGGCUUUGGAAGCUAAAGGGCAUUUUCCUCAGAUGACUGCAUGCCCUCAGCUAGUUGAUGUGCUGAAGGGUGUUAUUGGCUUGUAAUUCUCAAUCUCCAUCAUUUUGUCAUCUUAGUUAUACUUGUUUCUGAUUUCAUUUAUAUAGGUUGAUGUACAUGUUUGGUUGGAACUACGUUCACAACCCACGCUAAUACUGAAGUGACUAGAUUUUGUGUUGAAGUGAACGCACACCAGACGUGGUUCCAAACACACGUGUAGUUUGUGUGAGGUUUAUAUGGUGUUUUGAUCUGGACAAAGUGUGGUACGUGUUACUUAAUUCAUUGUACUCUUGAAAUAAUAAUGUGAAUCAGCUUUGUGGAAA